ACAAACGUUAAAUUGAGUUUUUGUCAAUGGAGUUUGUGGCAUAGAUAAAGAAAAGCAUAGGUGUAUAUAAAUAUAAGUAUAUACAGUAGGUGUAUAUAAGGGCUACAAACACAUUAAAGAGCAGAAUGUGUCAUACAUAGACAUCUUCACACAUGUUUAUUAUAUUAUAUUAUAUUAUAUGUACAAUCAGAGGGUUCAGUUCACGUGGUGGUCAAAUGGAUGCUUUCUGCUGAAUGGUAGUUUUCUUUGGGACCGUGCUCCGUGUAAACUCGCUGUUCUUAAAGAGGUAACGAUGCGCAGACACGUCUUCAAGCUUCAGGUGGUGACCGUGAGACAGACGCCCACUUUGUGAAAACACAAUAAUACUUUAAUAAUAUUAUCUGUUAGAGGAGGACAUCGACAUUUCAAUAUCACAUGACUUCACUGGGCAUGCGGGUGUAAACAGGAAGUAGAUCUAACCUCUAUAAACUCAAACAGACAGAUUUAGUGCUUUUGUUCCUUUACAGUUUCUGUGUGGAUGUCUCAAUAGUUGUGCAGAACAGAAUAAGCAUUGAUAAGAAACAAGGUACAAACACCUGUAAGAAAGAACUCUGAUCUGUUUCCUCAGGUCUCUUCUGUCGGGCGGAGACAUGGCGGCGCUGAGUCGGGCGUUCCUGCUCUACCUGGCGGUCGUCCUUCAGGUUUCCUCCGGCGGCGCCGCGCCCUCCGAUAUCCUGUACCGGGUCCCUGAGGAGCAGCCGCCCAACACGCUGAUCGGCAGCCUGGCGGCGGACCAGGGCCUGCCCGACACGGGCCACCUGUACAAGCUGGAGGUGGGCUCGCCGUACCUGCGCGUGGAUGGCAAGACUGGCGACAUCUACACCACGGAGAUCCCUGUGGACCGUGAGACGCUGAAGGACUGCCGCAACCUUUUCGAGGGCGACGAGUGCUUCCUGGAGUUCGAGGUGUCGAUCACCGACAUGGUGAAUGGCCUCGGCUCGGGACCGCGGCUGAUCGAGGGCCGCAUCGAGGUGCUGGACAUCAACGACAACACGCCACAGUUCACCUCGCCCAUCCUCACUCUGUCCAUCCCCGAGAACACGCAUGUCGGCGCGCUGUUCUCCAUCCCAAUGGCCACCGACAAGGACUCCGGCGCCAACGGCGUGGAUGAGUACUCGCUAACCGCGGGGCCGGACGCCGACCGGCUCUUCGGCCUUCAGGUCGCUGUGGACUCGGACGAGAAGCUGCCCCAGCUGGUCGUCAUGGGAAACCUGGACCGCGAGAGGAAAGACUCGUACGACCUGAACGUCCGGGUGGUAGACGGCGGGAAGCCGGCGAGGGCGAGCAGCGCCCUGCUGAGGGUCACCGUCACCGACCAGAACGACAACGCUCCCAAGUUUGAGAGGAGCCACUACGAGGCCGAGCUGCCCGAGAACAGUCCACAGGGACACUCUGUGCUGCAGGUCCGAGCCAACGACGCGGACACCGGAACCAACGGGGAGAUCGACUACAGCCUCCAUCAGGCGUCGGAGGCCGUCCAGAGGCUCCUGCGCAUCGACCGCUCCACGGGCAUCAUCUACGUCAAGGGCCUGGUGGACCGCGAGGAGGAGAACUUCCUCAAGUUCUUCGCAGUCGCCAAGGACCGCGGGCCCAACUCCAAGAGCUCCAAGGUCCUGGUGACCAUCAACGUCCGGGACCAGAACGACAACGCGCCCAACAUCGAGAUCCGCGGCAUCGGCCUGGUGACACACCAGGACGGCAUGGCCAACAUCUCCGAGGACAUGCCCAUCGGCACACCCGUGGCCCUGGUCCAGGUGUCGGACCGCGACGAGGGAGAGAACGCAGUGGUGACGUGCGUGGUCGCCGGCGACGUCCCGUUUCAGCUGCGACCCGCCAGCGAGUCGGCCAACGACCGGAAGAGGAAGUACUUCUUGCAGACGACGACCCCGUUGGAUUACGAGCGCGUCAGGGAUUACAGGAUCGAAAUAGUGGCGGUGGAUUCUGGGAACCCGGCGCUGUCCAGCUCCAACUCCCUGAAAGUGCAGGUGACGGACAUGAACGACAACACGCCGGUCUUUUCCCCCGCGGUGCUCAAGGUGGACUUUGCCGAGGGCAACCAGCCGGGCGACAAGGUGCUGGACGUCAUGGCGACAGACGCAGACAGCGGCACCAACGCGGAGCUGGCCUACAGCAUCGUCGAGCCGGCGGCCACGAGGCUCUUCGAAAUCGGGGCCGACACCGGAGAGAUCCGCGUGAAGAACCUGCUGGAUCGGGAGGAGACGGAGCACUACGAGUUCCGCGUGGCAGCAGCUGACAAGGGCGUACCAAGCAAAACCGGCACCGCCACCGUGGUGGUCAACAUCCUAGAUCGCAACGACAAUGACCCCAAGUUCAUGCUGAGCGGCUACAGCUUCUCCGUCAUCGAGAACAUGGCGCCGCUCAACCCCGUCGGCGUUGUGACAGUCACCGACGCCGACAAGGGCGAGAAUGCCCGGGUGAGGCUAAUCGUGGAACCGGACAACGGGAAGUUCAUGAUCCAGAACGGCACGGGGACAAUCCUGUCCAGCAUCUCCUUCGACCGCGAGAAAGAGAGCACCUACACCUUCCGCCUGAAGGCUGUGGAUGCUGGCGACCCGCCUCGGUUCUCCUACGUGGGCGUGACCAUCAACGUCCUGGACGAGAACGACAACGCCCCCUACGUCACCAAACCGGCAAACUCCUCCUACACGUACAUGUCGCCCGUCACCCCGCUGGACACCAGGGUGGAGGUGGUGGAGGCCGAGGACAUCGACUCCGGACCCAACGCCGAGCUGGUCUACACCAUCACGGGAGGAAACCCAUACGACUUGUUCCACAUCUCGCCGAACAGCGGGGAGAUCACGCUGGUGCAGGAGUUCACCGGCAAGCACAACGGGCUGCACCGCCUGGUGGUGAGGGUCAGCGAUAAGGGCAAACCUCCGCGCCACACCACCGCGCUGGUCCACGUCUUCGUCAACGACACCAAGUCCAAUGUGUCCCUCAUCGAGGCGCUGGUCGGGCACAGCCUCUACACCCCUCUGGACCGGGACAUUGCCGGAGACCCCAACUACGCCCUUGCCCAGCGCAGCAACAUCCUGUACGGCAGCCUGGCGGGGAUCGCCGGCGUGAUCCUCGUCAUCGUGGCCGUGAUGGUCAUCAGGCACCGACUGCAGAAGGACACCAAGAGCGGCUACCAGGCUGGCAAGAAGGAGAGCAAGGACCUGUACGCCCCGAAGCAAGGUCCCAAAAACGGCAAGGGGAAAAAGAGCAAAAAGGGGAAGGCGCCCAAACCGGCGAAGCCGCUGGAGGAGGACGUGGAGGCCGGCCUUCAGAAGGGCCUCAAGUUCAACCUCAUCAACGAGGACGUCACCGACAGCCCCAGAAUCCACCUGCCCCUCAACUACCCGCCGGGGAGCCCCGAUCUGGGGCGCCACUACCGCUCCAACUCGCCGUUACCGUCCAUCCAGCUGCAGCCGCAGUCGCCCUCCGCCUCCAAGAAGCACCAGGCCGUUCAGGACCUGCCCGCCACCAACACCUUCGUGGGGACGGGCGACAACAACUCCACGGGCUCCGACCAAUAUUCGGAUUACAGCUACAAGGCCAACCCGCCCAAAUACAGCAGCAAACAGGUAGGAGACUACGCAAACACGCCAAUGUACAACAACAGGAACAUCUAUUGGACCAAUCAGGUGUGGUAGUCACGCUGGGACUUAUUUUGGCCAAAGGCUGCACUAUUUUCAUUGUUUUAGUUGUGUUUUUCCAUUUCUGUUCAUUUGUUUUCUCACACCAUCGAGGGAUAGACCAAAUAUGGGCUUACCAAUAUUUAUCUUUUGCUGACCUCCCUUUGAAAAAUGAACUCUGAUGAUCCAGAAAAUAUAUCUAAAGGGUUGUUUUUAUAUAUUCUGUUUUGUUUUUGUGUUGAUUUUUGUUGUUAAAAUGUUCAAUUCUUACAGUGUUUAAUUCUUUCUAAGCGAGUAAAAACAACAACAACAAAAGUUUAAUAUUCUGGAUAUAUGAAGGUGUAACAUGUUGAUCAUCCCAUAUGGGUCUAUCCUCAGCUUCUACAUGUUGGUUUGGUUCUGUCACUGUGGUUCAAUGAAGGAGCAGAUGAGUUUUAUUAAUAUUAUUAUUAUACAGGUUUCUUUUAACGCUGCUCUUUACACUCGGAUCAGCUUGUUUGAAGUGCGACAAAGAAGAGUGACUGAUUUAUUUUGUUUUUUUGUUGUUUUUUCCAUUUUCACUGUUUUUUUCUUUGGACUUGACUGAGCAGCUCACAGUUUAAGGUCAUUUUCAGCUAAGUGAAGGAGGAAGGGAGAAAAGGGAAUAGGAGAGGAGGAGGGAAGGAGGGAGGAAGGACAGACUAAAUACAACCGUUUCCUUAACUUCGGCUGAAAUACCACUUUAUUCAUUUUUUUAUUCCUAAUCAGCCGGAGUUUAAAAAGUCAAUUGUUUGCACACAUUUAAUGACGGGUAAUUUUACAGGCGGCCGCUUUUUGCCUUUUUACCCAGAGUGCCUUGCUCUAUUCUAUUUAAUGUACAAAAUAAAAGAGGAGGAAGGAUUGAAAACAUGCACUGUGAAGAAAACAAACCGUGGAGACAAUCACACCCAGGUGUGUUCAGACUGUACACACACAGGUGUGUUUUAACUGCUUUUUCAUGUUUAUCGUGUGUGUGUGUGUGUGUGCUUACUAAAGACUCACCUGUACCAAAGACUCUCCCUCACACACACACACACACACACACACACCUGCCAUGUGUUCACUGUCAUCACCAUCGUGUUUAUGAAGCAGACUGUGUUUUCCUUAUUUGGUCGUGGGAGCAGACUUCCUGUUAGCUGUUAGCGACCUGCUAACGUUCCUGUUAACACCUCAGACUUUUUAAAAAGCGUCACAUCGACCGUCGUCUCACAGCUGCUCAAAUACAUGUACAGUGUUUGUUUAUGUUUGUUUUUUAAAGCUCAAAAAGCAGAUUUUUAUUUCAAUAAAACAUGUUUGCUUGAAAAA